AAUUUUGUCCCUAUGGGCUGGCCGUAGCUCACAGAGGAACACUGACAACGAGGGACAAGCAGCUGCUCCGUCUUCUUUCCUGAAUGGGAUUACUCAGCGCCAUUCAGAUUUUCUCAAGGACCGCAAGAUGCCAACUUUCCACAUCGAAGUCAUGGUUUUCCACAAAAUCCGCCCCUCUAGGGGGCAAAAACAUUCUGCUGAUGGGUCUACCCGGAGCAGGGAAGACAACAGUUGGGAAAAUUGUGGCUAACAAACUGGGCCUGCCCGCCGUAGACGUCGAUGACGAUGUCUUAGAGCCAGCGUGGAAGAUGCCGGUUGCAGCCAAGCUAGCAGAGCUCGGUGGAAGACGUUUCCUGGAGGAGGAAGGCCGGACUUUGAGCAAUUUCUCUGCAUCUGGGUGCAUCGUUUCCCUGACAGGCUCCAAUCCCCUUCAUGGUGAAGCUAUGCAGCACUUGAAGCAGAACGGGGUCGUGGUUUACCUGGACGUGGACAGCCGGGACGUCCUGGAGAGACUCGGCAGGAUGAAGGUUAACCGGAUAGUUGGGCAAGAAGACGGGGUGUCCUCCAUGAGAGACAUUUUACUGUACAGGAAGCAGUUCUACGAGAAAUGGCUGGACGUGAGGGUGUUUUGUGGGAUGCGAGACACAGUGGAGGAAGUGGCAGAGAAGGUUUUGAAGGCAGUGGAGAGAUAUCUGGAACACGAUGAGGAGACUUAUGUUUCAACCCGGAGUGGCGCCUCAGAAUCACCCGAUCGAAAAACGUAUUUCAGUGAUGUGGUUAUAGAGGGCCUGGCUGCAGAUGGAGGUCUUUAUGUUCCCAAGAAAGGCUUUCCAGACGUUCCUAAAGGCGAAUGGCUCAGAUUAAUUUCUAUGUCAUACCCAGAGAGAGCUUUGGUGUUGCUGGAAAAGUGCAUCCACCCACUGGACGUCUCUCCUCUGGACCUCAGGAGUAUGGUAUUUAAAGCAUAUGGAGACAAUUUUUCCAGUGACAGAGUUGCUCCUGUGAAGCAUCUUGUUAAAAAUCAAUACAUCCAAGAGCUUUUCCACGGUCCAACCGCCUCGUUUAAAGACCUCGCCUUGCAGCUGAUGCCCCAACUCUUCGCCCACUGCCUCCCACCAAUGUGCAACUUCCUCAUCCUGGUCGCCACGUCCGGGGACACAGGCAGCGCCGUCCUGAGCGGCUUCAGCCGACUGAGCGGCGCCGACAGACACCGAACGGGCGUGUUGGUGUUUUUCCCAGAGGAAGGAGUGAGUGAGGUCCAGAAGCUGCAGAUGACAAGCUUCAGGGAAGGGAACGCCAGAGCAGCUAGCGUCCUGUCAGACUUUGACUUCUGUCAGAAGAGCAUCAAGAGGAUGUUUGGCGAGUCGGGGCUGACCGGGCAUCUCGCUGUGGAGUACGGCACCGUCCUCAGCACCGCCAACUCCAUCAACUGGGCACGGCUAUUACCUCAGGUUGUUUAUCACUCUUCUAGCUAUUUGGAUCUGUGCAGAGACGGUGUGAUUAACUUUGGAGAUCCUCUGGAUGUUUGUAUUCCUACUGGGAACUUUGGUAAUGCCAUGUCAGCGUUGUACGCCAAGCAAAUGGGCAUCCCAAUAAGAAAAGUCAUCUGUGCGUCCAACCACAACCGAGUCGUGUCGGACUUCCUCUCCACAGGCCGGUACGACCUCCAGGGUCGCCCCCUGCUGCUCUCCCACUCCCCCGCCAUAGACAUCCUGAAGUCCUCCAACCUGGAGAGGUUCAUCCACCACGUCUCAGGCAGAAACAGCCGCCUGGUCGACGACGUCUUCACUCACUUACACACGCAGGAACGCUUCCAGCUUCCUGAGUAUCUCCUUGGCAGGAUGCAGCAGGAGGUGCAGGCCGGCUGGUGCUCUGAGGAGGACUGCUUGGCCGCCGUCCAGGAGCUCCACUCUCAGACGGGAUACCUGAUGGAUACGCACACCGCCGUGGCGAAAGUGGUGGCCGACCGGCUGCAGGAUGGAUCGUGCCCCACCGUGCUCUGCUCCACUGCGCACUACGGGAAGUUUGCUCCCGCCGUGUUCAAAGCUCUUCGGAUCCAGAAUGUUCCUCCGGAUCCAGUGGAGCAGCUGGAGCAGCUGGGAGCGGCCGCGUCCGAACCGGCAGCACACGGAGAGAUGAUGAGCCGCCUGAGGCAGAGGGGGGGGAGCGAGCGCAGAGCUCUUCAGGCAGAUUACAGCGUUCUGGUGGAGGAGGUGGAGAGCAUGAUACAGGACUCCUUCCUCAAAGUGGCAUAGAUACUCCCAGCUUCACCUUAAAGCUGCAGUGUGUAACUUUGAUAAAGAAUGUGUUUGUUCCACGUUUGUUAAAACUGUCACCAUGUCCUGACAGUUUAAUAUGAGAUGGAUAAUCCCACCUGUUUAGAGUUUCUUAUGGCUAAAUUGGGGCUAGAGUGCGGGUUUUGAUGUCUUCGAUGUUUUUAAUGUUUUAACCUUUUCUUUUCAUCUAUUUACUAACUU